GUUUCGCAAACGUCAACACUGACGUGUGUUCAAGGGUUUAUACAGACCUAUUUUCAAUAAACGACCUGAUCUUUGAAUAGAUUAUAAGAUGGUUCAUUCAGUGGUAUCAACAUUUAUGAAGCAACAUUUUAAGUACAAACUGUUUAUCAGCCUAACAAUAAUUGUCAUUGUCAUUAUUAUAAGUAUAUGUUCGAAUGGCAGUGAACGUAUGACUGAAAAGUAUUUCUCGAAUCAUGUAAAUAUCGAAGAGCACAACAUUCAAUUGUUGCCGGAUAUUAUGACGUCAAUGAGAAAGCCAUACCCAGACAUGGAAGGUAUGGCUAGAAGAUGUUUCUCCAAUCAUGUAAAUAUCGAAGAGCACAACAUUCAAUUGUUACCGGAUAUUAUGACGGCAACGAGAAAGCCGAACCUGGGCAAAAGUGUAUUUUUUCAUGAAACUUCUUGCCUCGAUGGUAUCGCCACACUAAAUGCACGACAAGGCUGUGCAAUCGAAUCGGCUGCUCUAGCAAAUCCUACAUGGGAUGUGUUUGUCCUAUUUGCGUCUCCUGUUGGAUUUUCCAAUAAUACAGAGAAAGCGCCAGCUCUGCGUGCAUUGGAAUCAUACCCAAAUGUUCAUUUACGCAAUGUGAAUUUAUGGACUUAUGCACAUGAUACUCCAAUCAGUUCGUUUAUCGACAACGGACAACUUUUCAAAUCUAAAUUCUUAAAUUCUCAUACGUCCGAUUUUCUACGAUACUUGAGCUUAUACAAAUGGGGCGGAACAUAUCUCGAUUUGGAUGUAAUAGUAAAAAAAAGUUUCGAUGAAAUCGAACCGAACUAUGCAGGUGCUGAGAAUCUUGAAACUGUGGCGGCCGGACUGAUCAAUUUUGAUUACAAAGAUGUGGGUCACAAAAUAGCCAAACUCUGCUUGAACGAGUUCCAGAACCGCUUCGAUGGCGACAACUGGGGUAACAAUGGACCAGGUGUCAUCACCAGAGUGUUGCAGAAUAUUUGUCAGACCUAUAAUACAGUGUGGAUGACGCGUGCUCGAUGUAAAGGAUUCACUGUAUUUCCGAUGAGCAAAGUGUAUGCAAUUAACUUUAACUAUUGGCCUAUGUUUUUUGAAGAUAAUUUCUCGGAACUUACAAUGGAUCUGACCAAUGAUUCGAUUGUCGUCCAUGUAUGGAAUAAGCUUAGUAGUGAUAAAAGACUACCCAUUGGUUCGCAGGCAGCAUACACUUUGUUGGCUGCUAAAUAUUGUCCCAAGGUCUUUAAGUCGAGUGGUGACUUUUUUUGAUAUUAUCAGUAGUUUUGUGAGAAAUUGCGAGUGUCAUGGAUUUUAAGUGAAAUCGACCUUUUGUCGCCGCUUCCCAGAAAAAAAUAUGUUUUCUUUUCAAUUUAUUUAAUUAAUUAAACGGCAACUCAAUUUUUGAAGAAUAAAGAGUUAGACCGAAAGAAAUUCAAGUGCACGUACAGUACAAUGUACUGAGUACAUGGAUAAAAUGUAAUUUAGAGAUAAGACAUUUAUACUGGAAACUGAUUUUUUUUUAGAAAUCUCAUUAAACAGUAG